ACCUAAAACGAGCCAAGAAAAACACGAUCAAAAGAUGCACGCGAAACACACGAGGAAAUAAUUAGCCAAAAAGCCCAUUGCCGGUGAAGCUUUCAACUCUGGUGGUGUGUGCCAUGUGUGGCUGGUGCUGCUGCCUCGAGUGCAUCCAUAACAUCCCUCCCCUCAAUCUCCUCUUCCUCCACUUCUCCUCAACUCCAGGAAGAGAGGGAGAAGAAGGAGCACGAACCCUCAGCCCCAUGGCCUCCAUCUCGGUCCCGGACCCCGUCCCUUCCCCAACCGAGGACGCAGAGAGCAUAAGAAAAGCAGUACAAGGGUGGGGGACGGACGAGAACGCGCUGAUCGAGAUCCUCGGCCACCGGACGGCGGCGCAGCGCGCGGAGAUCGCCGUGGCCUACGAGGGCCUCUACGACAAGCCCCUCCUCCGCACGCUCCAAGACGAGCUCUCCAGCCACUUCAAGGGCGCGAUGACGCUGUGGGCGAUGGACCCGGCGGCGCGGGACGCCAAGCUGGCCUACAAGGCCCUCAGGAAGAAGGGCGGGGACCGGCACGCCUGGGUGCUCAUCGAGGUCGCCUGCGCGUCGUCGCCGGACCACCUCGUCGCCGUCAGGAAGGCCUACUGCUCCGCCUACGGCUCGUCGCUCGAGGAGGACGUCGCCGCCUGCCCGCUCUACAAGGAGCCCCUCAAGCAGUUCUUGGUGCGCCUGGUGAGCUCGUACCGCUACGGCGGCGAGCACGUCGAUGGCGAGCUGGCGAGGGCGGAGGCGGCCGAUCUGCACGGCGCGGUGGCGGCCAAGAAGCAGCCGCUGCACGGCGACGUGGUCCGCAUCGUCAGCUCCAGGAGCAAGCCGCAGCUCAAGGCGACGUUCCAGCACUACAAGCAGGAGCACGGCAAGGCCAUCGACGAGGUUCUCGAGGGCAAUCGCAACGACAAGCUCUCCGCGAUGCUGAAAACCGCGGUCUGGUGCCUGACAUCGCCCGAGAAGCAUUUCGCAGAGGUGAUCCGGAGCUCAAUCAUCGGGCUCGGCACCGACGAGGAGUCCCUGACCAGAGCGAUCGUCUCGCGCGCCGAGGUCGACAUGAAGAAAGUCAAGGAGGAAUACAAGGUGAGGUACAAGACGACGGUGACCAAGGACGUCGUCGGCGACACUUCCGGGUACUACCAGGGCAUCCUGCUCACCCUCAUCGGGGCCGAGUAGCCAUUGCUAGGAUCAUCCAAGCUCGGAGGAUGCAGUUCAAUGGCGUAUUGUUUGCUACUUAGACCGUUCGAUCGAACAGAGUGACAUUGUCGUGUGUACAAGUACAAUCUAGAGAGUGAAGUGUUGAUGUUGUGAAAUAAGACCCUUGGCAGUUCAUUUAUUGGUGUAUUCAGCACUAUACUUCCAUCACGAUUUGACUUAUCCGAA